AACCACAUUGAGAUCGAACCACACAUUUAUCUCAUGCGUGCGUGCUCUUUUUGAAUGAGAAAUCGCGUAAAUUAAAAGGGAAUUUCAUUCGGUAUAAAAAUUCAUUUGAGAAGACAUCUCGUCUGCCCAUUGUAAAGAAAAUUGAAGGAAACUAAAACAACCCGAUGGAAUUCACUGGUAAAAUCAUAAUCGUUACGGGUGCGUCGAGUGGAAUUGGAGCGGAAACAGCGCGUCAUCUUUCGAGUUUGGGUGGCAAUGUGGUGUUAGUUGGACGAAAUGAGAGUCGGUUGAACAAAGUGGCUGAUGAAAUUAAAAGUGCUGGUUCACCAGCUCCGCUGCCAAUCGUGGCCGAUGUGACAAAAGACACUAAACGAAUCGUCGAUGAGACGAUCAAACACUUCGGUCGACUUGAUGUGCUAGUCAAUAACGCGGGAAUAAAUAUAGAAGUGCCAAUCAUGGAUGCGACCAACGAGCAAUUCGAUCAAAUCUUCAAUACAAAUGUGCGUGGUGUGAUUGAUUUAUGCCAACUAGGUGCCACAUUUGGAGCGAACGAAAGGCAAUAUUAUAAGGUAUUUUGGCUGGUUCAUUUGCCAAAAAUUCGUACGUCAGUCGUGAAAAUGAAUUUCGGAGGAAAGGUAAUACUUGUCACCGGUGCAGCAUCUGGAAUCGGUGCAACCACUGCAAAAUAUUUUGCGCAGUUGGGCGGAUGUUUGGUAAUAGUUGAUCAUAAUGCCGAACACUUGAACGAUGUGGCUGAAGAGAUAAUUGCGGAAGGUUCUCAUGUUCCAUUGGCAAUCGUGGCCGAUAUAACCGAAAACCCGGAGCAUAUAAUCACUAAGACUAUUGAAAAAUUCGGCAAGUUAGAUGUUCUCGUCAAUAAUGCCGGAAUUGCUUCACAUAACGGAUUGACUGAUCUGGAUAUGAACGAUUUUGAUCGUAUUCAUAAAACAAAUGUGAGAAGUGUUGUGUUUUUGACACAGUCAGCGAUUCCAUACUUGGAAGUGACCAAAGGAAAUAUCGUCAAUGUUUCAAGCAUUUGUGGUUUGAGGGCCUGUCCACAGUUGUUGGCAUAUUCAAUGUCAAAAGCAGCAAUAAAUCAAUUUACAAAGUGCACAGCAGUGGAAUUGGGUCCAAAGGGUAUCCGAGUCAAUUCAGUUAAUCCAGCUGUUACCAACACACCCAUGAUUGACGCAAUACCGGAGGAGACGAGAGAAAAAACGUUGAAAUAUUUGAAACGAGCCUAUCCACUUCAAAGAAUCGGCGAGACAAGUGAUGUUGCCAAUGCCAUUGCCUAUUUAGCCAGCGAAAAUGCUGCAUUCAUCACCGGUCAUCUGUUUUGCGUCGAUGGAGGUUCGCUUGCAGCCAAUAUCGUUUGAAUGUAUCAGUUAGACAUUGACCUCAAAUGCGAAUUGUAGCCGAAUUUUAACAAUGGCUUCAUUUUAUCAACGAUUCUUAUCAUACAUGCACACCAUGGAGUUCAAGUCCAAAUACACUUUUGUAUUGUUAUCAAUUAUUGCCCAAUAAACACCUUAUCGCACUGGUAGUAUGCAA